CAUCUGCGGAAAUGUGGCCCACUAGCCUUGACAGACAAAUAAGAUGUUAUCUUUUCUGCUGUUUUUUUCCAGUUUUAUUUUUAUUUUUUUGCGACUGCUUUGUGCCCAGUUAAAUAAUAAUUGGCAAGAAAGCGUUAAGGAAUUUAAAACGCGGAAUGACUGGGCUAAAAUCAUUUUCUUUUGCCGCUCGACAUCCACAAUUUGUACGAAGUAAAAAACUUAAAAUGCCACAAAGAAGGGGAAAGUCAAGAGACAACGAUUAUUGUGGAUAGUUCUGGUCGUCUACUUUCAUUUGAUCCCAUUAUAAAGCUUUAACCAUGAGUAUUUUUCUGUAGCUUUAAUAAUUUAAGUGCAUCAUAUCGAUAUUUUGGAAAAUCGAUAUGAUUAUGAUUGUAAUCAUAUCAUAAGUCACUUGUUAGGAAAUUAUUAGCCAAGCGGUUCCUUUCAAGUCACUGACAUUUUCUAGACAUAACCAGAUUUCUCAGUUUAAUUUCCCAACUAAUAGUUCAGAAACUAUGUACCAAAGGUUCGCCAAUUUGAAUGUGGAUGCGCUCUAUGGAAUUCCGGCUAUGUGUCCAGUGAUCAAUUGCCAGGCGCAGAUGUCGCCACUCGAGAUGCUGGCCCAUCUGAUGAUGCGGCACAGUCCGCAGGACUCGAUGAUCGAGAUUGGUGAGGACGUGGCGAAGCAGUACGAAGUGGAGAUUGAUAAAUUGACACCGGGUCGAAAUCAUUCGAUUGGAGUCAUCGCCUAUGGGGGAGCCCCAAAGCCGGGUCUUAGUUGUGCUGUUACUCCGGACCUGCAGAUUGUCCACCAUCUGCCCAUUAUCCUGAUGCUCUAUGUGAGCCCUCCUAUUCUGAACACGGAGCAGGCCUACAUGUUCUACUUGGUGAGUGCUGUGCCCUCCAAGCUGGUGAGUGCCAAUGUAACACUCCUCGAUGGAUGCCAUGCCAACGAGAAGCGCGGAUGGCGUUGCCUGCGUAAUUCCCUGGACAGCCCCAUGAUGGAUAGCCAGAAUCGGCUGUAUUGCAACACGGACUACCUACUGUACACGGCUACCGACAUCCGGGAGCUGUGCCUCUCCGGCGAGCAGCGGAGGAUCUUCGUCAAAAUCGUGCUACACGGCGAACCCUUCCAAGCUGACGCCUAGCAAAAGGUGUCCGGCCGAGUGACUCAUUUUUCAAUAAACACUUAAGUGCUGCGCCGCCAAUUGACGCACACUUGAAAUUCGAGUGGCUGUCAAUAAUAUUCGUUCCUCAAAGAACUGUCAGUGAAAUUGGUUUCCCUAUUCAUUCAAUAUUUCUGCUUUGGCUGGCCAGAAACUGGGUCAGACAGAAAUAUUUGGUUUUGUGCAGACAUCAAUCAUGGGGGCCAUCUAAUAAGUUAGCCACAGGCCUCCGAUUGCGGAAAAUACUAGUCAUUUCUUCUGACCGUGAAGAAUGGGAUUUUUAAUUAUGUGUUAAAUGUUGCUGUGCUCUUUUCGAAAAAACAAUUUCGUUUUAUUUUCUCUUUUCACUUUCGUUUCAUUUUGUGACCCACUUAGUUGCAG